AGCAUCUUUCUCCGGCUGACCAGAGAAAGCAGGUAGUUUUACAUGGAAAGUCACCGCGUGCUUUGGGCUUCAAGCGUAAUAAACCUUUCCAAAAACACGCGAUGAGCGAUUCAGAACAGCAACAAGAAGCAGAAAAUGUUAGUGAGAGUCCACCCUGGCCUGAGAAUGGAGAAGCGUGGACUGAUGAAGAGACUGAGAGCAGCAUGGAGCUGCUGCAGGCCAUGGCUGAGGAGGACGAGGACAUAAAUGUCUACAACGAUGAGACAUUUGGGAUGGAUCUUGACCCACGUGGGGCGGCAGAAUCCCUUGGGUGCGGCAGCGGUCUGUUUGGAGAACUGUUGCCCGAAACGCCGCCACAGCUACCAGGUGCCAGCCUCCCGUCCCUCCCCAGCCCCCCCUCACCCCCUCCCAUACGGAAGCCUGAGUUUGUGCUCAGGGCUGCUCCGUGGCAGCGAGGCAGGGGCCGAGGCCGGAGGGGGGGACUGGAUCGGGGCCAGAUGUUUGAGGACCCAGCGGUGAUGAGGAUAGUGGAGGGYCGUCCGAGCCUCAUGAGUCUCGACAGUGCUAUAGUGGACUGUGGGCAUGCCUUGUACCGGAACACCUUUGAUCAUGAUAGGAUGACAUCUUACAGAAAAAACAGAGUCUCRGGAUCAAUACUUCAGGACAGUGCCAUAGUGUGUGUGAUCGGUCACAGAGGCAGAGGUCAGCACAUGAACCCCAGUUUCCUGGAUUUACCAUAUCCCAUUUCCUCCUACGGGGGCAGGAGAGGGGAUCCCAGAGGGUCCUUUACCAGAAGGCAGUUUCAUCAAAGAGGUCCCUCUCAGAUCCAUGCACCUGUGAUGCCAGGAUCGCCCAUUUUUUCCCAUCAGCCACUGACCCCACGACAUUUUAACCAGACAGCGAGCUUCAGGUUUCCUCCAAACCACACUUGUCCCUCCACUCCUCUGGCUCCCAAGAGCAUGCAGCUUCGCUUUGGUGCCAACUCGCCGAGACCCUCCUCUUUCUACAGCCCCUCGCUCAACUCAGUGGAGCCUAUUGGGUACCCUGGUCCCGUCACACAGCUUCAUCCUCAACAUAAGCGACUACUCGGUCAAAAACAACGGUUACUCCAAAGAAAGUCUGAGGGCUGGGACCCAUACUGUCAUCUUAUGACGAUUAAAGAAAAGGAGUGGAUCACCCGGCUGCUGAUGAUUCAGCUGCAGAGUGAGAAUCCCUACCUGGAGGAUUACUAUUAUCAGGAGUAUUAUCGCCGAAUAGAAGCAAAGUUGGCCGAGGAGGAGCUCGGCAUCAGGAGCAAGAAGGAGCCACCGAAGCUCACAACACCUUACAUCACAAAAGUGGAUGCCUACACACCAGUGGUUCACAUUGAAGGGUCUUUAGGCCAAGUUGCUGUAUCCACGUGUUAUUCUCCUCGUCGCGCCAUCAGUGCAGUUCAUGCAGUCCAAGCCCAGUGUCCGAUCGAGGAACAGAAAGAUACAAGACAACAACGAUUAGAAGUUCUCAACAAAAUAGAAAAGUUGUUCAUAGUUUUGCUGGAAGUGGAGGAAACCGAGAGGAUGAAAACCACAGUUUCUUCUGAAGCAGAAGAGAGAAGGUUGAGGGAGAAAAGCCAGAGGAAAGUGGAGUGCAUCUACUCACAGCUGCAGCACCACAACUCUCCUGAUUCAGGAGUGGAGUUUCUUCCUUUCCUGAUCGUCUCAAAGGGCAAAAGGCUUCUCUCUCGUCUGCUCCCGUUUCUGAAACACGAUGCAGCAGUAAAAAUCCUGCACACUGUGACCUGCAACCUUCCAACACUGAUGAGCAGAGACACAGAGGAGGCCCUUCCGGUCCUCUACCCACCCCUGCGAAACGUGAUCAGUGGUCUGACGUUCAGUCAGCUCAUUAAUGUUCUCAAAGAUCUGACUUCUUCAGAGUCUCUGUCAACAUACGAGUGCCUCUCGCUGGCGUGUCAGAACAAGUUUGGACUGACCUUGCUGUAUGCUCUUCUAUCACAUGGAGAGAAGUUGCUGUCCUCAGGUGUUCCUCUUGAGCCCAGCAUUGGUGACUUUGAGACCUGGACGGACAUAAUAUUUCAGGUGGCGGGACAGCUCUCCCAGUGCUCACUGGUGGAGCCACUCCUGCUUCCCUCCAACCUGCUGACACUCUUCUGUCGAUACCUGGACAAGCGUACCGUGCAUCAGCUGAGAAGCAACAUGGAGUCUGCAACUGGGUUCCUGGCUCUGCCAUCCUGAGAUGGUAGCCUAUGAAAGUUCAACUAAAGACCAGGGGUUUUGAACACAGGAGUGAAAUAAGGCCAGGUCCUCAUAAAAUACCCCAACCUCUUUUGGUUCUGAUUACUUGCCCUCACCCGUCCCUUCACAUUUUUGCACCUCAAACUGUUUCCCUUUUUAUUUUCCUUUAAUCGUUUUACUUUCCUCAGUUUGGUCUCCACUUGGCUACGUCAUUAUUUAUUCUGUGUGAAUUAAUUUUCUAAGAUAAACUUCCACUUCCCACAUUCACCUUCAUUUCAUUGCUCUUGAAAUUUCAGGAUUAAUCAAUUAAAGAUGUCUGAUCAGAGAAGAUCAGGUGGAUUAUUUAAGACUGUACAGCUGAUGCUAUUAAUUAAUACUGAAGGAAGUUGUCUUGACCCAACAUUAAGUAAUUUCAUUUUAUUUUGGGUUAGUUUGUAAAAAGGUAUGUAUUGUUUAUACAUGUGUAAUUAAGAUCUUUUUGAUGUAUUUUUCAAUCUUAAAGGUUUCAGUUGUAAAAAGUUUUUGUUUUAUUGUAUUAAUUUGGAAACGGAUCAUUUAAUCUGCACCCUUGUACAGCACUUGCAUCAUGAAUAAAAAACAUUUGAUCAAA